AGCGGAAAAGCCUUACGAGAGUAUGUAUACGGUGGCGCCAUCUGUUGGCAGCUUCGAAAACUAUAUAUAAGGGCCUAUUCUGCUCGUGUAUUUGUUGAAAUUACUGAAUCAGUUUUCUAACAAAUAAUGCCAUUUAUAUUUACAGAUGAGAGGAAAAGACUCAGAAAAUAUGGUGAGGAGAUCCCCUGCUGUUCGUUCCCUGCAAGAUUCGGCGAUCAACACAAUCGUCAAAAAUAUUGGAGGCUACAGAGACCUCAUUACGAAGAAGAUUUGUACUCUCCUCCCAUGCGCAAAAUAUUGUUUGAUGAAGCAAUGGAAAGGAUCAAAGAAAUCGGAGAAGACCAAGUUUGGGCUGCUCUUCCAUACCUUGACCAGCACAGGACGACUGAAAGUUUCUCAACCAAGGUUUUCGCUACCAUUUUCCACUUGGAGGGGAAAAAAGGAGAUAUUUCUGAAGCUUGUGUUUCCAUGGAAGAGUUCCUCCAAUAUCUGGCAAAAUUUGUUCCUAUGCUGCAAGAGCUUGAUAUUGAGGACCCAAGGAUGCCAUGGAACAAGAGGAUAUACAAAAAAAUACAGCUACAACCACUUGCAACUGACCUGCUGUUAAAAAUGGAAAAUUUAACGAACGUCAGCAUCUUUGAUGUUUACAUCAAAUUUUCGGGAUUUGCGAGCGUCUGUGAAGAGAGCCAAAAUUUACAGGCAAUUGAAGCAAAUCAUAUUUUGGUCGAUAUAGAACCAAAAUCUAUAAAGAAGUUGCUGAAGACGCUCGACUCCAAGUUUGACCACCAGGCAUACGAUGCAAUGAAAUAUCCAAGAAAAAUUGGAAUAACUUUGAAGAAAACCAACGCUGAUAAUCCUUUUCGAGAAGCAACGGUCUCUCUUUCAAAUGACCUCCAUGACCUCUUCCCGUUUUUGACGACACUAGAUAUUACCGGUCAGAAAGAUAAAGAUCUGGGUGACGACGACAUGCAAAGCGAGAGAAACCGUUUGCUGCGCAUCCUGAGAAGAGAGGGAGGAACUCUAAAAAUUCUAAUCCUCGAUUACGUAAGACCAGAAUUAAAAAUCACGUUCAAAGAUAUCUUUGAACACUGCUAUGAGUUGGAAAUCCUAGAAAUUCAUCACUCGAAUGUCUUGGAAGAUGAAUCGAUAACUUCUUUUGGCCGAUUGAAGGAAUUCAUAUGGGACAAGACGUUUCAUGACGGCGAGACCAUAAGCCUUGACGGAGUCAGUUCUGCGCCACUCCUUCAAAAAAUUGAUAUUGUUGCCGACAAAUUCGGUAUGGGUAUAAAAGAAUCACUUUUAUGCCGGAUUAGAAAUCGCACAAUUUUGACAAACUUGACUGAACUUUAUAUUAUGGAAUUCAGUCCCGAUCAAAAAGACUUGCACGAAUUGGCAAGAGUACUGCGCACUUUAGGCGUUCAUGUAAAUUUACAAUGUCUUUUCUGAUUAUGCCAAGAGGGACAUGGGGUUGUCCAAUAAUAGACGAGCGCAGGAAUAACUUUGAUUCCAUAUCUAUUCCAGAUAUUCUUUGAAAACUACGAAAUUUCAACUCAAUCAAUUUUGGGCAAACCUGGGGUAAUUUUGGAAUAAUCGCUAGACCGGAAUGAAAAAGUUUCCACAGUGGAUGAAGGUUCUUGAAAAUAUUCCCAAUAACAUGAUAAGAAUAUCCCAAAAAGUUAUUUUUUUAGUCAGUGAGUAAGAACACGUAUUUUAAAAGACAUUUUCAGAUCGAAAAAAAUAAUUUCAAUUGUUAUUCUUCAUUUAGAAUUUUUUUCUUACGAAAAAAUUGCUUUUGGGAAUUGUUUAUUAAAUUCACCAGUUGUAUAAGAAUAACCCUUAUUAUUGUUAGAAGCCGCCAACAGAUUGCGCCACCGUGCCCUUUCGUAAUAAAUUACAUUAUAAGAAAAAUACGAAUAUAGCGAUGCUAGCAAUUAAACUAAUUACAUAUUGUAAUUUACUUUUAAAUAGUAUUAGGUAUUUAAUUCAAGGAGAAACGCUCUCCUUUUGUAAUUUAAUUUGGU